AUGAACGGUUCAACAGGAUCUUCAUUUGAUACCUCGCGUCUAACGAAAGCUGCCGCCGCCGAAUAUUCUUCAUCAGCAUCCGAAUCUGAAGAUGAGCAUCUUGCGCCAGGCCUCGACGCCGACAACGACUUCGGUGACUUCAACCCUCGUAAGAGACGUCGCACGGGUCGUAAUAACAAGGAAAAGGCAGCGCUAGGCAUCUUUGGCUCCGAUAGCGAGGACGACGGCCCAGCUAGGAAAUGGAAGAGAACUACAUUAAGGAACAAAGGCAUGAACUUUGUUUCUACAGGCGCAGGCAGCGAGAAAGAAGACGACGAUGAAGAGUCCGACGGCAACCGCCCAAUGCUAGGAAGCGCCAUGGAUCAAGACGAGGAUGAGGACGAAGAGGAAGAAGAAAAUACCCGUGGAAUCGGUCUCGGCUUCGCAGGCCUUGCCCGCGGUUUCGCUCAGAACGAUACCCAAAACUCAAGUCGAAGCGCAAGCGCCGAAGCACCAUCCCGUCCGGCCUUCCGAACCCGAUUCGAUGGAAAGAACCCUCUUGGUAUGGGCUUUGUCCCCUCAUCAGCGAACGAUCCAGUCCUCAAGAACACACGCGAUAAUGGGUCUCCAACACCACGCAACAAACCACAGCCCAGUGCGUUCAGCGCAAAGGGCAAAACAAAUCCCAAAUCGUUCGGUGCUCGAAUGAUGGCCAAGAUGGGCUACGAAGAGGGCAAAGGUCUGGGUAAAGAAGGACAGGGUCGAAACGUAAUCAUCGAAGCAAACUUGCGACCACAAGGUAUCGGUUUGGGUGCGGUGAAGGAAAAGUCUGAGCAGGAGCGAAAAGAAGAGAAGCGACAAGCUCAGUUACGAGGAGAAGAGGUUGUUGAUUCAGAUGAGGAAGAGAAGAAGAAGCGCAAAAGGGCAAAGAAGAAGUCCCUGGGAGGUGCAUUCGACAGUGCUACGAGUACACCGCGACGACAGAAGCCGAAAUACCUUACAGCGGAGGAGCUCAAAGCCACCGCGCCAGGUCUUCAUAUUCCAGAUGCCUUUGCUCCUAUUCUGGACAUGACAGGGCCAGGCAGCAAGAUGCUCACUUCGACAAGUGGCAUCAUGACACCCACAACAGGAACCGCUACACCGGAAUCGACAGAAGUCAUCGAGGCAAGAAAGCUUGUCAAGAGAGCGCAAGCAGAUUUGUUAGCUUUCUCCGACGAAUGGAAGAGCUUGCAAGAAAGGAAAACCUGGAUCGAUUUGGAACUGAAGGAGAAGGAGCAAGAGAUGGACGAUUUGCGGUCAGACUUUGAAAGGUUACAGGUCUUUUCCGAAUUAGUCAGUGGGGAGCUUGCAACAGCCGACUGGGACCAGCUUAUUGCAUGUCUACAUAAAGCUCUUGAACUCAAGGCUACAACAUCAGAGAUUGCCGACAUCGCUGUUGCAGCUAUCCACCCAUUCCUUCGUGAGGCAGAAUGGGAUCUCCUUCAAGAGCCUACACGCUUCGCUUCAGGAAUCAAAGAACUGCUACCACUUCUCAUGCCAGCAACUUCCAACGGCAAGGCUGUCGGCAAGUGGGAUUCCUUGUCGGUUGAUACAGACGACAUCUACCGUCGCCACCACAAGUCAACGACACCUUACGAAAGCAUGAUGUACAAGAAUUGGCUACCCAAAGCCCUUACUGCGGUCCGCUCAUGGGAUGUCUUGGAUCCGACACCAAUGCUAAGUGUCAUGGAGGCUUGGCAUGAUCUUCUACCAGUCUUUGUUCGCGCACAAUUUAUCGACAACAUUGUCCGAAAACUAGAAACUGCUGUUUCAGACUGGAACCCCAAAAGCAGACGCCAGAGCCAGCGCCUACCACACAUUUGGCUAUUCCCCUGGCUUCAAUACCUACCAUCAUAUCAUCUCGACCCCAGGGGUACUGGUCUCGUAGCAGACGUUAGACGAAAGUUCAGACAACUCAUCGACGUGUGGGAGUUCAAGAAGGGUGAACUACCGGGACUCAAAGACUGGAAGGGUGUGUUGGGAGAUCAAUGGCGUCCCCUCGUCAUGUCCCACGUCCUCCCCUCGAUGGGCAAAUACCUCAGCCGAAACUUCACCGUCGAGCCCUCGGACCAAGAACCCACGCUUCCAGUCCUCAUGGGAAUACUGGAUUGGCGGUACAUCCUCGGCAGGAGGAUCGUCGCCGAGGUGCUCAUGCAGCACAUGUUCCCCAUGUGGCACCGGAUACUCGUGGAGUGGUUGUCUCGUGACGAGGUUGACUUGGCUGAGGUUGCCGAGUGGUAUGGGUGGUGGCGAGGGGGUGUUUUGAAGGAGCUCGCAGAGGUGAACUCCGUUAAGGCGGAGUUUGACAAGGGGAUGAAGGUUAUGGCGAAGGCGGUUGCAGGGGCGUAA